UUAUUCAGUUCCUUUUCAUUUCUUAAAAAGAUUUAUGUAAAUAUUAUUUAAGAGAUAAUAACUUAAUAAGAUAAUAAAUAGCUCUGUCACUCUCAAAUAAUAUCAAAGGUCUCCGCGUUGAUUUUUUUAUCCAAGGUCUUUUCAUGUUCAAGUUGAACUCGCAUGAAAUAAAACUUUAGUAUAUCAACGCCGUAUUUACGUUUGCGUUCGAAGUGGGGAUAUGAAAUAUAUGAUAAGCGAGCGUAAUAAACGAAUUCGAUUACUUCUACAAUAUUGCUUCACUAUGAGAGUUCUUGGACGAUUAUUUUCAAAAAAUAACAGAUUUGCGUUGGAAUUAAUACGCAGGUGUCAUAGCGUUGAAUAUAUAAGUUCACAAUUACCUGAUAUAGAAACAACCAGUGAUAAUGUAGCUGAGUAUAUUAUGCGAGAUUUUAGUAAGUGGACGAAUAAAACGGCGUUACACUGUUUUGUUACUGGAAAAAAAUAUACCUUCGAUGAACUAAGAAUAAAUUCACAUAACUUGAGUAGAUCGUUAAGAAAAAUACUUGGUUUAAAAACUGGGGAUGUUGUAGCUAUUUUAUUACCAAAUAGCCCACAAUUUGCUGUUUGUACCUUAGGGACUUUACUAUCAGGAUUGCGACUAACAACACUAAAUCCUGUUUAUACUGCACAUGAAAUACAACGUCAACUUGUUGAUGCGAACGUAAAAGCGAUUUUUACCAUCAAUAGUGCCGUUAAUAACGUACAAGAAGCUUUAAAAUCUGCUCAACUGAAGAUACCAAUUAUUGUAGUGACAUCUACGCAAAAUGAGUCUGUGCCGAAAGGUCUUAUAAAAUACGAAGAAUUAGUUAAUUUAAAGUCCGAUUCCACCCCAUUAGAGCAAUUGGAUAACGAUGAUUUUUGGUUUUUACCGUAUUCAAGCGGAACAACUGGUCUUCCCAAAGGGGUAAUGUUAACCAAUAAAAAUUUGACUGUAAAUAUUGCUCAAUAUCAAGCAUUUAAUUUUAUGGAAAAAACUACAGAAAAUUUCCAAGAUGUCUUACCACUAAUAAUACCAAUGUUUCAUAUUUAUGGUUUUACGAUGGCAACAGCAACUGCUUUACAGAACGGAGUUAAAUUAGUAACUUUACCAAAAUUUAAUCCAAACGAUUUUUUGCAUCUUCUUAAAGAAAAUUCUCCUACUUUAUUAAAAUUAGCUCCGCCGUUAUUAAUUUUCCUAAAUACUUAUCCUGACGCUAAAGCGGAGUAUCUUCAAGCCAUAAGAACUGUUCUUUGUGGAGCUGCACCACUUGGUAAAUCAGACGAAGAUAAAUUCAGAGAGAAGGUUGGAAAACCAGUAAAUAUUGUACAAGCUUAUGGAUUAACGGAAACUGCACCUUUUGCAAUGAGUACUCCACUUUCGAAACAGGGUAAAUUUCCUGGAGCUAUGGGUGAACCAACAUCAAAUACAUUAAUGAAAGUAGUUAAAAUCGACGAUCCUAAAAAUAAACAUAUUCCACCGAACCAAGUUGGAGAACUAUUGAUUAAAGGUCCUCAAGUCAUGAAAGGAUACUAUAAUAAACCAGAAGAAACUAAGAAAUCGAUAACACCUGACGGUUGGUUUAGAACGGGUGAUAUGGUGCGUUACGAUGAAAACGGAAUGUUUUAUAUUGCCGAUCGAAUCAAGGAGUUAAUUAAAGUAAAGGGUUUUCAAGUACCUCCUGCAGAAUUAGAAGAAAUCAUAAGAAAUUUUCAUGGAGUAGCUGACGCGGCGGUUAUUGGUAUAAGUCAUGAAGUAUCCGGUGAAAUUCCUAGAGCUUACGUAGUUCCAAAACAUGGUGUUAAACUUGAUCCGAAUCAUUUACGUAAUUUUGUCGACGAAAAAGUUGCUCCAUAUAAGAGAUUAUCUGGAGGUGUUGCGAUAGUUAAUGAGAUUCCUAAAAAUCCUUCUGGAAAGAUUUUAAGGAGGAUAUUAAGAGCGAAUUUUGAGAAAGAUGGGAUUUAAUUUCUGUAUCUGUUAAAUAUUGAAUUAAAUCUGUAAUUAUCUUUAAUAAAAUUUUUUUAAAAUAGUGUAA